AUGGCCUUGGCUCAGGAGCACGGCGCCGGUUUGCGGAAGCUUUACGUCGCGGGCGUUUGCGGCAGCUUCGAUGCCUCGGUAGCCAUCGAGCGGUGGCCGCAGUGGGUAGAGCGCCGAACCACGGCGAAGGGCGAUGAAGAGGUGGUUUGCCGCUUGCCGUUGCGGGUGGAGAAACACCGGCCCAAUCAGCCACUCACUGUGGUGGUGGACACCACAGGAGCCGGCAAAACUGCCGAGACGAUGAUGCGGCAGCGAGGUGAGAGCCUUCUCUGCCGCCUGGAGACAGGGCGGACCCACCAGAUCCGUGUCCAUCUUGCGGCCAUGGGCUUUCCGAUUCUGGGUGAUCCGGUCUAUGGCACCACCACGGAGAACGAGGAUGUGAUGCAACUCCAUGCCUCGGUGUACUCGGUGAAGCUGGAUCAGAGCCUGGAUGCCGGCAAGGCGCUGGCGGACAUCCUUCCAAGACCUCGGCUCCAGGAGUCCGCCGAAGGCCUUCAUGGCCUCUGGGAUGACGGCGCAGACGGCGGAGCGGAUGCGGUAACCUAUGCCUGCGCCGACCCGCCCUGGCUCACCACCGAGCGAGAAAGGCCGCCUUCAGGCUGA